AUGCCAUGUCUCCAGCACACUCCAAAGCAUCGAGAAUCCAGAUCUAAUCCCUCUACACCCAGUGCUCUCGAUCUUUCACCCAAAUUGAUAACCAUCAAUGCCAACGACCCCCUGUCUGCCACUCUACUCUGUCAAUUGAGUGCCCUAUUCAUUCAUGUUCCCACUACACCUGGAGAUUCUCAAGGGGUAGAGGUAGGAGGACAACAUCAGGUAGCAGGAGGCAGAGAUGUUGCGAUUGAGGUCGCUGCAGAUGACAAGGCAAGUGAGGAUGACCAUGUGGAAUGGGAGUCAGGUGAUGAAAAGGAGGAUCACGUUGAAUAUCAUGUGAGGGAACGUGAAGUCGGGGACAACGUGACUUCAAACAAUGCUGCACGGCCUCGUUGUAAGGGUUUGUUCAUGCGCUUGGAGACAAUAGAGGAGGAACGGGAAUGGUCAGAAGAGGAGGUUGCAUUAGAGCAUUAUCUCGAAGCAUACAAACCAGACUCUGACUCGGAAGACAACUACGAGAAAAGGACCAGAUUGCAGAAACAGAAGAGGGUGAAAAAGGGCUAUGAGCCUGAUUCAACCUCUUCAGCUGAGGAAGCUGAGGAAGCCAGUGUGAAACACCUAUGUCAAACGGGUACAAAGAGAGCUAUGAAGAAGACAAAAAUGGCAAGGCCGGUGCAAGGUCUCAAAGGCAGGAAAGCCAAAGGAAAGUUGAGAGCAAUCAAUUCAGGGAACGAGUCGAGUGAUGAUGACCAGGUUGAUAGAGAGUCAGGAGGAGAAGAUCUGGAUGGGGAGAAUGGUCCGUACAAACCAGGACCUCUUUCUGAGGAACACAAAGCCGAAGCAGAGAAGAUACACCAAAAUUACCUGGACAAGAUCUACAACCUUGCAAGGUGGAGCAGUAAAACGCCUUCGAUGAUCUUCAAUCACCUCUGA